CACAAAAAUAUCUAACAAAUAAUUAAUCAAUCAACCAUGGUCCAUGUAGAAACAAUAACCAAAGAAGAACAAAGCAAUAAAAGAAGCAUGAAGAAACUCCUUCUAAUACUAAACUCAGUCCUCUUAGCCAUAGGAACAUGCGGCGGACCACUAGUAAUGCGUCUAUACUUCAUCCACGGCGGUAAACGUGUAUGGCUCUCAAGCUUCCUUGAAACAUCUGCCUUCCCAAUCAUUCUCAUUCCCAUAACCAUUUCUUACAUCCACAACGGUUACCGUUACAGUAACAAUAAUAACCGCUUUGUCUCGAUGAAAUUACCUAUAUUUUGCGCCUCAGCUCUCAUUGGAAUCUUAACUGGUCUUGAUGAUUACCUUUAUGCCUGUGGUAUAAAGCGUCUACCGGUUUCAACUUCAUCGUUAAUUCAAUCCUCACACUUAGCAUUCACAGCUGUUUUUGCUUUUAUUCUUGUGAAGCAUAAGUUCACAGAGUAUUCGGUUAACUCAAUUGUUUUGUUGACGCUCGGAAGUGUUGUUUUGGCUUUGAAUUCCAAAGGUGGCGAUCGACUUGUUGGUGAAUCGACUAAGGAGUAUAUUAUUGGUUUUGUUAUGAUACUUGCUUCUGCUGCUUUGUAUGGAUUUGUUUUGCCUUUGUUGGAGCUAGUUUACAAGAAGAGUAAACAAGUGAUUACUUAUUCUCUAGUUAUGGAAAUUCAGUUUGUUAUGUGCUUCUUUGCUACUUUGUUUUGCCUUGUUGGGAUGUUUAUAGACAAUGAUUUUAAGGUUAUUCCAAGGGAAGCAAGGGAUUUUAAACUAGGAGAAACAAAGUACUAUAUUGUGUUAGUGUGGAGUGCUAUAAUGUGGCAAUUUUUCUUCUUAGGAGCUAUUGGUGUUAUCUUUUGUUCCUCAUCUUUGUUGUCUGGCAUUAUAAUUGCUGCAUUUCUUCCCGUAACUGAAAUCUUAGCUGUUAUUGUCUAUAAAGAGAAAUUUCAAGCUGAGAAAGGGAUUGCUUUGGUGCUAUCUCUUUGGGGCUUUGUGUCUUACUUUUAUGAUGAGAUUAAAGAAGCAAGAAAAACAAAAAAUAGAGAAACGGAACUUCCUCAAAGUCUUCAUUCCAACACAUGAUUGCAUGUAUGAUGUAACAUUGGUUUCACUAUCUAGUCCUACUUUUGAAUAGUCAAUAUUGUAGGCUAUAUUUGUCCCACCAGCUUGAGGAUCACUACAAAAAGUUUUUUUUUUUUUUUUUCAUAAUAAAAAUUUAGGGUGAAGGGAUAAUGUCUCGGUCUAUGUCAGAGAAAAUCUUAAGGUUGAAAAAGUCCGGAGCACUAGAGGUGCUUGAAUUGGAGCCUUUCGAAUCAAGACCUGUCUUUUUACUACUAGAACAAACUCUUGAAAUUAAUUGUAAAAAUGAGUGACUCUAUGUCUUGGAAAACGAAUUAUGGACUUUACAAGGUGAGACUAAGUUACUUGAA